AAGUAGGCUUUGCUAAUUAUAGCUAAUAUAAACAGAGUUAGUAUUACAUCUAAAGCAACAUGCAUCGUCGCAUAUGUUCAACGAAAACUGUUUUACGGAUUCUGUUGCUGAUUAUUGUACUUAAUAUAAUAUUUUUUGGAUUAUCCCGGUUGUUUAUUUCACAAUGUCAAUCAAGUUCCUUUCAUCGCUUAAUCAACCUUUCCCAGUUUCGCCUUGAACAAAAUGGCGACUAUUGGAUCUAUCAUCAGUUUAUAGUACCUCUGACAAACAAACUGGCCAAUGAGACCAUCACAUUGACUACCCAUGGUACCUAUUUGGAUUUAGGAAAUCUAGAAUGGUUGCUAAUGCGUUGGAGUGAUCCGAUUAGUAUGGCUGUCUAUGUAAAAGCUGAUAAUUUCGAGGCAACUCUUAAUAGAUUACGUGACAUCAAAUAUUGUUCGGGUUAUGGAUAUAUUUUCGAUCAAUGGGUAUCGGUGCAACUGGUUUUUAAUGAUAAACAGGUACCAAACAAUUUGCGAGCUCUGAUCAACAAACAGGAGAAGGAAUUUGCCUGCCACCUCUCAAAUCAAGCUGAAGAGUCAAACAAUAAUAUUCCGCCCAAACAUGAACAAAACGAUUACCCUAUGAGCUUGCUUAAAAAUGUGGCACGUUUGAAUGCCAAAACAUAUUUUGUACUUGCCACCGAAUUGGAUGUUUUACCUACAAUGCAGUUGGCGAAAAAUUUUCUAAAACUUGCCAAACUUUAUAAACCUGCACAACCAUGGCGAACAGUAUAUUGCGUACCCAUUGUGCCGUAUUUUGAACCCAAAGAGCCCGAAAAAAGAUCCGAUCUAGUCACUCUCGUUGCAAAUUAUAUGAAUCAAGCAAAUGUAUUCUAUAGUCUUAAACCUGAAGAUAGAGAUCAGUUGAAAACUUUACGCAAUUGGUUAAAUUCUUCCACAUCAGAUGAUAAAAUUGGUAUAUAUCGAGUGAGCAAAUCCUCAGAUUAUUGUGCAACCUAUAUAAGCACAAAUUCAUAUGAACCCCUUUAUGAUCAGCGUUUAAUUGAGUCACCUUACAUAGAUAAUGGUUUUAGGCAUCAAGUUCUAACUGGACUAAACUUUGAUUUCGUUGUACUUAAUGGAACAUUUAUGACUCGUCGUCGUGCUGUCUGGUCGAAUGAAAGCGAACUGAGUUCUGAGACAUUAACCAUAGACAAGGCAAGCCAAAAGGCACACAUUUUAGAACUAAUCAAAUUUAACUCACUCACACUUUGGCCUCGAUACCGCUAAUACAAUAUUAUUGAGAGCAAUAAACUGUGGAAUGCCAUAAGACCACCGACCAA